AUGUUACUAAUAGGUUUAUUUUUAUGUCCGGAUACAAGUGGUAAUGUUGUCCACUAUAUGUAUUUAGUUUUAUUAGAUGAUAUAGAUAAAAUAAGAACAUUUAGUUGGGGGUCCGCUACACUAGCGCGUGUUCUUCUUCAAGCUUGGGGAUGGUUAAGGAUGACCAAUCUAGCACCUAUCCAACAAAAUAAUUUUGAAUUCCUAUAUGCUACAAGGUGGUCUUCACUUGGGAUGAAUUACGACAACUGUCCCCAUUUCAGUAUCACCCAAUACAUAAAUCUUAUAGAUCAUUUGGGGAUUUUAUUUGGCGGCCAUAUCUUGGUCUAG